CAGUUAAAUUCACGUUCCACAAAUGUCAUAACAUUUGCAAAAGAAAAUUUUCUCAGAAUCUGCCAACGUUUUACCAAUGUGUAGAUUAAACCGCUUUUUUUUUGUGAAACUAACGGGAAAAUAGGAAAAUUAUUAAAUAAAACUUACAAAGAGCUAGUGUUAAAUGUAAUUGAAUAAAUUACUUGUAGCAGAAGUAUAUUCAAGAAGUGAAAAAGUGCAGAAUAUGACUGUGGCCGAGGGAUUGGCGUCAACGUCCGCCGCAGCAAAUGCUGCAACUAGACCGCGUUGUUUUUUCGAUAUUUCGAUUGGUGGCUUAAAUGUUGGUCGCAUAGUUUUUGAAUUAUUUAAAGAUGUUGCACCGAAAACAGUGGAAAAUUUUCGAGCACUUUGUACUGGCGAGAAAGGUAUCGGUUUAGUUACAGGCAAGCCGUUGCAUUAUAAAAAUGUAAUAUUCCACCGUGUUGUCAAGGAUUUUAUGAUACAAGCUGGAGAUUUUUCGGCUGGAAACGGUACCGGUGGUGAGUCGAUCUACGGUGGCACUUUUGAAGAUGAAAGCUUCGAUUUUAAACACGAUCGCCCCUUUUUGCUGUCAAUGGCAAAUCGUGGCAAAAAUACCAAUGGAUCACAAUUUUUCAUUACUACACAACCCGCGCCUCACUUGGACAACGUCCACGUGGUUUUUGGUCAAGUAAUAUCGGGACAAGAUUUAGUACGCCAGUUAGAGGAAUUGCCAGUCGAUAAAAAUUCACGUCCGUUGCAAGAUGUUACCAUAUCAAAUUGUGGAGAGCUUGUACGUCAGGUCAAAGUUAAGAAGGACAAAAAGAAAAAGAAACGUGCUGCCUCUUCGGGUGAAGAAGACUCAGAUGCCGACUCAGAAACUGAGAAGCGAUCAAAAAAGAAGGAAAAAAAAAAGAAAAAAGAUCGUAAACGUGAAAAAUCAUAUGAGCGGUCAGUAACUAAUUAAAUUGUAAUUGAAAUAAUUAAGGUGAAAAAAUUCUUGAAUAUUAAUAGAUCUGGUACGGAGCAGAGUCAAGGAGACGAGGGAGAAAAUGAUGAAGCUGAUGAGGGUGAAUUACAUCCGCUUGUGACUAUCACCAAGAUUGAUCCUAACGAAAUACCAGAGGUCUCCAAUAAGUUUUUGCUACGUGGUGACCGUUUGGAUCGUUCACAAGAGCGGGAGCAAAGACGGGAAUCGCGAAGCGAACGAUCCAGUGAGCAUCGGCCGGCAUUUGGUUGGUCAAAGAAGCGUGUACCUGUCUCGCGCAGUGGACGCAUUAUUAAAGGGCGCGGAGUGUUCCGUUUUCGUACACCGUCCCGUAGUCGAUCUCGUAGCACUACGCCACCACAUUGGAAGCGUGCGCAGAACCGCACAAUUAAACUGUCUGAUUUGGAGCGACUCGAAGAAGAAAAGAAAUUACGAGAUGAAGAGAUUAAAAGACGUGAGAUCGAGCGCAAAAAGCGACACGAAGAGAUGAGGAGAGAUCCCAAGAAGUCUUUCUUUGAGUUGUCGCACGCUAGCUCGUACGGUGGUAGAUACAGUGAAUCACCUGAUCGAAAAAAUCGUGGCAAAGACAAUUUAAACAAUGCCCGAAAGGACAGACCUGAUGACCGACGUACGGAGAAAGAUAGGCCGCGUGAAAGAGGAAAGGAAAAGGAGAAUGACAAAGAGAAGGAUAAGGUAAAAGAACGCCGUACUGAAAACAACUCCGAUUUGAAGUCUUUACCGAAGCGUAAGAAAUCUAUGGACAUGAAUGCACUGGAUUAUGAACAUCAAGCAGAUAGUGAAAAUGAAGAAGGCUCAGCGGAGAAAGAAACGCCAAAGAAGCAAGAAUCACAUAAGAAAACUGAAGGUAAUACAUUAGAAAAAGAUCGCCACAAGGAAAGAGAUUCUGAUCAUGACAAAAACCGAGCUAAAGAAAAAGAAAGGGGUAAAGACAAGGCGGCAGAAAAUGAUAAAGAUCGUAAGAGAGAAAGGAAAGACAGCGCAAUUAAAAAAGAUGAAAAUAAAGAAGUGAAGUCUAACAAUGAGAAAGAACACAAAGAGAAAAAUAAAAUUGACGAAAAAGAGAAAGAGAAAGCAAAAGACAAAGAUCGUGAUGUGGACAAAGAAAAAGACAAUUCUCGUCGCAAUCGAAAUCGAUCGAAGAGCGGAUCACGCUCAAAGCAACGUUCCCGUUCACGCUCGCAUCUUUCGCGCUCUCGUUCUCGCUCGUUUCGCCGUCGUUCUCCCAUUAGAGAUCGCCGCGACCGUUUUCCCAAUCGUAGAGGUGGUUUUCGUUCGCCGCCAAGGCGAGAUUUUCGCGGAAGACGUGGUGGCAAUCCAUUCAUGGAUCGUCGUCGUCGCUCUGUCGAACGUUAUCGCAAUCGCUUGCCACUCUCACCGAUACGUACACGUCGGCUAACACCUCCACGCGAUCGACGUUCUCGUGAUCGUUCUAUAUCACGAAGUCGAUCUCCACAUUCACGAUCUCGAUCACCACGUCGCGAUCGCAUACGUAAACGUUCGGUUGAUUCACGAGAUCGCAGUCGUAAUAAUCGCAGCCGUUCGAAGUCACGUGAGCCACGUGUCAAUUCAAAGUCUAAAGAGCUGAUUGGUUCACGAAAUCCGAAAUCACGUUCACCAAACCGUGAAGCGCGCACCAAACGUUCGGGUACUCGUUCGCCAAGACGUUCCAAAUCGGCAGAUUAUCGCCGUAAAUCGAAUGAUCGACGUUCCGACACAAGAAAAGAGGGUACAGCAGAGGCAAAUGUUAAUUUUGCUGAAGGUAGUGCUGAUAAAAUGCGCGAAAAGAUGUUGAAACGUGCCGAGGCUGCACAAAUGCUAAAAGAUCAUAUGCGUAAAGAGAUUGCGAGAGAGGAAGAAAAACGUGCUGAAAAACAACGACUGGAUGACUUGGAGAAAGAGAAAACUGCUCGUGAACUAGAAGAAUUAGAACGCCUCAAACAAGAGACACUGCAAAAGCUGGAAGAGCAUGAAAAUCUCAAAAAGUUAACAGUUAUAGCAGCGGUAGCCGAGGCCAUCAAUUCAAAGGAUCGCGGCAAGGAUGAGAAAUCAAAGGAAAAGAAAAAGAAGCGUAAGAAGUCCAAGAAACACACACGGACUUCGGGCACUGACUCAAAUUGAGAAUUAUUAGUUCAAUAUACUAAAAUACGUAUAAUCAAAGGAGACUUACUCAAUUUAUUGAAAAUAUUACGUACAUAUUUAUACAUAUAAAUGAAUACCAAUUGGGAAGAUGUACACGAUUACGUGUAGAUCGCCAUUCAAAAACACACACAUACAUUCAUACAUACAAGGCAUGAAAUGAUGUAAAUUUAAA